AGAGAGCUUCAGUUCGCAUCAGCUGGAGCUGCUGGCGGCUGUGAGGAGGAGUGACCCCGGCUGCCUGGCACCUCAUCUUCAGCUCAAAGGGACUCAAACCAGCAGCAGCAGCAGCCAUGGCCACAGCUCAGUCGGUGCUGCUCCUCGCAGUCAAUAUUCUGCUCAUCUCCGAGUUCAUCCUGGCCAAGAGGGACUACUACGAGAUUCUGGGAGUUUCCAGAGAUGCCACCGAGAGGCAGAUCAAGAAGGCCUUCCACAAGCUGGCCCUGAAGUACCACCCCGACAGAAACAAGGCCCCAGACGCCGAGGCCAAGUUCAGGGAAAUGGCAGAGGCUUAUGAGACGUUAUCGGACGACAAGAGGAGGAAAGAGUACGACCAGUUUGGCCAUACUGCAUCCUCAGAAGGCGCUUACGGAGGAGGAGGCGGCGGCAACUACAACUUCAACCAGCACUACCAGUCCUUCAACUUCGACGACAUCUUCAAGGACUUCGACCCUUUCGGGCAGCAGCAUCGACACCAGCACCACUUCCACUCCAACUUCCACUCCCACAAUCAGGCCCACCAGAAGAGGCACUUUGAGAGCCACUUCCAGGCUCACCGGGACGCCACCAACGCGCACAAACGGCGGUCCCAGCAGGGGGCCUUCGGCGCGGGACUCUUCGACGACAUGUUUGAGGACUUGGAGAAGAUGUUCUCCUUCAACUCGCACGGCUCCAGGACUGACGGCACUUUUCAGCGCACGGGGAAGCAGCACUGCAGGACAGUGACUCAGCGGAGGGGGAACAUGGUGACCACCUUCACCGACUGCUCCUGAGGGGGGCGAAGGGGGCGUGGCUCGGCGGGACACUGCAGAGUUUGGAAAUGACAGUUAAUUUAUCACCUGGUGGAAUAGAGAAUAGUUUUGUGUGGCUUUUGUAAAUGUCUGUAUGUGACUUUCUAUAUGAACAAAUAUCCAAGCUGGCCUGAAUUCCGGCUGCUUCCAAGCAAUAAUCCAUUUAUUUUAUUUCUCAUAGUCUUAGAAUAAGUUGGAUGAUCCUUCAGAUACCUCCCCAGUAGUUUUCCCUCCAGGUUCCAGUAUUCUUACUUGUGCUCACUUUUUUUUUUUUUUUUAAAUGGUACAAUCUGUUAAACUCAGGUAUGGUAAAAAGUUAAGAGUAUAAAUUAAAAAA